AACAAAGACAGGGAUUGCAUUUUUCCAGAAAAAUGUAUAUUUUGUUCGAAAAAGACUGGUGGUUUGUGUAGAGGAAUAUCAAAUUAUCCUGUUAUACCAACGACACCCAAAAGUUGCGUUAUACCUGGAUUGCAUUGCAAGAAAGACGAUGAUUGCUGUUCCAAAAACUGUCAUAGGUAUUUCAAAACUCACAUAACCUAUUGUCUAUCUGAUGAUCCACCUUUAUGCAAAUUGACCGGUGCGGAAUGUUCUAGAAAUUUAGAUUGCUGUUCCAAAAAUUGUGACAAUUAUACGAUAGCAACUUCUGUCCGUACCUGCCUUCCAAAAACAAAUGGCUUCUCCAUCACGACGCCAUUAAGUAUUGAUAUUCCGCCAUUUUGCAUAAAAAGUGGAUCGGCUGUACGUAAUUUUUUUCUA